AUGAAGUCGCUCCCGGCUCAUCUGUUUCUGCUGCUCAUAGGAGUAUGGGCAUUAAUAGUACAAGCACAGAACCUAGAGUUGCCUGCCUGCGCGCAAUCAUGCCUGGCCACAUCCAUAGCAGCAUCGCCCUGCGCGUCGACCAACCAGACAUGCAUCUGCACGGAUGCCAAACUACAGCAGGAGGUUAACGAGUGCGUCAAGGUGAAUUGCACCAUCAGGGAGGGAUUGGUGACGCUCAACACGACGUCGACCGAGUGCGGCGUGCCGGUCCGGGACAAGCGGCAGCCACUCAAGACGCUGGCCAUCACGCUGGGCGCCAUCUCACCCUUGUUUGUGUUUAUGCGGAUGGCGGCACGCCUCAUGCUGAUGAACGACGGAGGCGCCGCCGUCGCCAUCGGUGCGGACGACUGGUUCAUCCUGGCAUCGCUGGUCCUCGGCGUGCCCAACACGGUCGUCAUCGUCAGCGGCCUGGUGGAUGCCGGAGGCCUCGGGCUCGACAUUUGGAGGCUCGACCCCGAGACCAUCGACACGUUUGGCAAAUACUUUUACGCGACCGAGAUCAUGUACUUUGCCGAAGUUACGCUGCUCAAGAUGUCGCUGUUGUGGUUCUACUUGCGCAUCUUUCCCUCGCGCGGCGUCCGGCUCGCUCUCUGGGCCACCAUCGCCUUCACCAUCGCCUAUGGUCUCGCCUUCUUUCUAAUAGGGGUGCUGCAGUGCCAGCCAGUCUCGUACUUUUGGACAAAGUGGGAUGGACAGCACCAGGGAACCUGCAUCGACAUCAACGCCGUGGCUUGGUCCAACGCCGGCAUCAGCAUCGCCCUCGACAUUUGGAUGCUUGCCGUACCGCUAUCACAGCUACAAGCCCUACGGCUCAAUUGGAAGAAAAAGGUCGGCGUGGGACUCAUGUUCGGCGUCGGCGCCCUGGUUACCGUCGUCAGCGUGCUGCGGCUGCAGUCGCUCGUCGAGUUUGCGCGGUCCGACAACCCGACCAUGGACAGCUGGGACGUGACGAGCUGGUCCGUCAUCGAGAUCAACGUCGGCAUCAUGUGCACCUGCCUGCCCAGCCUGCGCCUGCUGCUGGUGCGCAUCUUCCCCCGGCUGGGCGGCACGUCGACCGCGUCGAGGACCUACGGCGGCGGACGCACCGCUGUCACCGUCGGCGGGACCGCCGGGAUGUCGAGGAUCGGGACCGUGUCCAAGGCCAGGCCGACGUACGGCGUGGACUCGAGCGUCGAGGGAGGGUCGGCGACGAGGCCCAAGGAGGUUGAGCUGCGGGGCGGCAUCACGAUGCAGAGGUCUUACAACGUGUCGUACAGCGAUCCAGACGACGAGGAGAGCUUGGUGCAGAUGCACGACCUGGAGCCGAGGCGGAGGGACGAUUUUGAAAAGCCAGGGAGCAGUGCAAGCUCCGUUACCAUGGCACCCACGUCCAACUCUUGGAUGUCAGGGACAGGGAGACGUUCGGAUAGGUGA